UCGCACUCAUAACCAAGCCGCUCGAAAAGGGUUCACCGGUUUCGGGAUUUGCAGCGGCUGUUCAGCUUCAAAGGAGGAGUCUUUAUCCGACUUGUGUUUUUCAGGUGGUUGUUAUGAUGGUGAUGCUUACUGCAGCAAGUGCAAUUGCUAGCUCACCUCUACUGCCAGCAGGGUCAGUGGGUCAACAGGGCAGACGAGCUGGGGUUUAUGGGUCCGGUCCAAGAAGAGUUUGUGUGGAUAGAAGUGUGGUACGCUCUGACAUUAGACCAGUGGGGCUUGGCACACGGUUAUCACUUGAGAGAAGAAAACCAUUAUCACUAAUCACGGGGUCUCGUCGAACGCAGUCUGCUUCUGUAAUAUGUGCUUCUUCUUUGAAUGCCAGAUGCGGUGCAGAGCAAACGCAAACUGUUACACGUGAGGCUCCAACAAUUACACAUCUUCCUGGCAAGGAAAAAUCUCCGCUGCUUGAUGAUGGCGGAACAGGAUUCCCUCCCAGAGAUGAUGGUGGCGGUGGUGGCGGUGGGGGUGGUGGUGGAGGCAACUGGUCGGGAGGCUUCGCGUUUUUUGGAUUUCUUCUUUUCCUCAGCUUUCUAAAGGAUAAAGAAAGUGAAGGUUCUUAUCGAGAAAAUAGAAAAAGGUCUUCAUAUUGAACUUUAGUUUAAGGUUCCUCGACUUCCUUCAGCUAUAUUUUUCACUGUUGAAUAAUAAUUUUAACUUAAAUACCUACAAAAAAGGGUCAGUUUGAUAUUGUUCUUGCCAACUUUGGGCAUCAACUCAUCAACAAGACUUCUAUUCUUUACUUGAAAUAUUGAAUCAGUGUAGCAUCUGCAA